CAUGCAACAUAAACAAAACACUGAGCAACCAAAGUCAGCCAUGGCUGCCCUCCCCACUUCCUCCUCCUUCAACCUCUCCCUCCAUCUCCAUCUCCAUCUCCAUCUACUCCUCCUCCUGCUCCUGGCCACCACGACCUCCGAUUGCCACGCGGAGCCUGACCGCAGAGCCGCUCUCUUUGCCUUCGGCGACUCGUUCCUCGACCCCGGCAACAACAACUACAUAAACACCACCACCCUCGACCAGGCGAAUUUCUGGCCUUACGGAGAGACCUACUUCAAGUUCCCGACAGGGCGGUUCUCGGACGGCCGCUUGGUAUCGGAUUUCAUUGCGGAGUAUGCAGAGCUGCCAUUAAUUCCACCUUACCUUCAACCUGGGGUUCUUCAUCAUUGGAGGUAUGGGGUGAACUUUGCAUCUGCAGGCGCUGGUGCUCUGGUGGAAACAUUCCAAGGGUCGGUGAUUGGUCUCCAAACGCAACUGAGUUACUUCAAGGAGGCAGAGACCCAGUUGAGACAGGAGUUAGGCAGAGCCAAAGCAGGGUGGACAAUCUCCAGGGGAGUUUACAUGUUCAGCAUAGGAAGCAAUGAUUACAUGAGCCCUUUCUUGACUAAUUCCACCAUCCUGAGCUGGUACUCCAGGUCAAAGUAUGUGGGAAUGGUGAUUGGAAAUUUGACAGCAGUUAUCAAAGAGAUAUAUGGAAUAGGGGGGAGGAAAUUUGGGUUCAUCAACCUACCUCCACUGGGGUGUCUUCCAGGAAUGAGGAUAAUCAAAGCAGAGGAGAGAGGGAGGUGCUUGGAAGAAGCUUCAUCACUAGCAAAGUUGCACAAUCGUGCUCUCUCUAAACUCCUGGUGAAACUCGAGCAUCAGCUCAUGGGUUUCAGAUAUUCCCUCUACGACUUCCACAGCAAUCUCAGACAGAGAAUGAAUCACCCCCUCAGAUACGGUUUCAAGGCAGGGAAAGUGGCAUGCUGUGGAACAGGGAGAUACAGAGGAGUCUUCAGCUGCGGAGGGAAACGGAUAGUGAAGGAGUUUGAGCUGUGCGAGAGUCCCAGUGAGCAUGUGUUUUGGGACUCUUUCCAUCUAACUGAGAGGGCUUAUGAGCAGCUAGCGCAUCAGAUGUGGAGUGGAGAUGGCAUUUAUUCUAGUCCGAGCCCUUGUAGUCUGAAAAAUCUCUUUGAGGGUCUUUGACUGAAGGUCUUCGACCUCAGAAGGUGAACCAUUAACUCAUUUGACUUAUGAUCAUUGAGCGCUCAAUGUAGCUGCCCUCCAAUGGCAAAGGUUCAAUAUCUCUCUGUCAGAUCAAGAGGGGGAAAUGUGGAGGGGGAAUUUACAAGAAAGGAUAAUAAUUUGUAGAAUCAAUUGGAGAAUUAUUCUUGAUUGUUGAAAGAGGCCAAUAAUUUCUUGUAACUGUUAUAAUUGAACGGCGAUGAAUAGCUAAGUCAUGGAAUCUUGUAUCGAACUGCUUCCGCCAUUUGUUAUAGAUCACUUUGUUUGCUGAAGACGGCAUGGCAUGCCUCCUGCAGUUAAGCGCACCCUGCUCUCCUUCUUUUAACACCGAAAAAGAAAAGAAGUCAGAUCUGCUAGCGAACAGAAGACCGCGCUUUCUUCGGGCUGUUCCCCCUAGUUUAGGGUGUUUUCCUGAGGAUCACAUAACCAGAUUCUUAUCAAGCCAGACAGAAUAAUCUGUCUAUUGCCUAAUAAUGUUUAGUUACCAGAAGACAGUCAUCCAAGAAUCUGAUUCGAACAGACUAAGAGUACAGAAUCAAGUCUUGAGACAUCUCUUGCUUCUUUAGCCUGGAAUGAAAAUAUAAUUGGUCAUUCGACAGCUCGUCAAAGACUCGGGUGGC